AUGCGUAUUCGAGACCGUUUUGACAGUAAUGAAAGCUAUGCCUGCUGUUUAGGCGAUGAUUUUGGUGGUUUAAUGCGUCCUCGUUCUCGUAGUUUAACAAGCCCAGUCCCUCAUUUAUUUGAACGUUUGGGAGUCGAUUCUCCAAUGAUGCUUUCUUCUGUUUACAAGGAAAGAUUCCCUAAAGCCAAACUUCAAAUGGAAAAUCGUUUAAUGCAAUUUCUCACACAAAAUGCACAAUUGAGCGGAUUUACUUCUCAAAUGCUUCAAGUAAAUAUUGUGCCCCCUUCUCCGGUUUGUGAAUUUUUUGUUGAAUUUUUGUGCUAG